GAUGAGGAGGAGGAGGAGAAUGGUGAUGUUGAUUCGGAUGAUUCGGAUUAUAAUGUUCACGAUGGUGAUGCUGCUGAUGAAGAAGUCGACUAUGAUGAUGAUGAUGAUGACCAUGACGUUGAUGAUGACUCGGAUGAUGACUCGGAUGAGGAUGAUGAUGAUGAUGAUGAUGUAGAUGAUAAUGAUGAUGACGAUUUUGAAUGUGAUGCUGAAAAGAAUGAUGAUUGGGAUGAUGAUGAAGAUGAAGAUGAUGAUGAGGAUGAUGAUUCGGAUGAUGCUUAUUGUGAUCCGGAUGAUGAUUUUCAGAAUGAUGAGUAUGAUGAUCAUCAUGAUUAUGCUGAUGAUCAUGAUGAUUAUCGUGAUGGUGAUGAUGAUGAUGAUGAUGACGUUCAUGAUGAAGAUGAUGAUGAUAACGAUGAUGAGCAUGAUGCUUACCCUGAUGACGAUGAUGACGUAGAUGAUGACGAUGAUGAUGAUAACUACGAUGAUGCUGAUGAUGUUGAUGACUAUUAUAAUGAUGAUGACGAUGUUGGUAUUGAUCCUGAUGAUGAUGAUGAUGACGGUGAUUAG